GUUAUAUGUUGCUCACCAAAGCAGGUUCAACAGAUCUCUCACUCUUCACGGCGACUCAGCAGAGGCGAAAGGGGAACGUUUGUGGACACUUGACAGCUUUCAGAGACUGCUAUGACAUCUCGCAGGUGGUUCCACCCCAACAUCACCGGUAUCGACGCAGAGCAGCUCCUGUUGACCCGGGGCGUCCACGGCAGUUUUCUGGCCCGGCCCAGCAAGAGCAAUCCAGGGGAUUUCACCCUCUCUGUCAGGCGCAACGAUGAGGUGACCCACAUUAAGAUCCAGAACUCAGGUGACUACUACGACCUGUACGGAGGCGAGAAGUUCGCCACGCUUGCUGAGCUGGUGCAGUAUUACACCGAACAACAGGACCUGCUGCGUGAGAGAAACGGCCAUGUCAUCGAGCUCAAGUACCCACUCAACUGCAAGGACCCCACCUCUGAGAGGUGGUAUCAUGGGCACCUCUCUGGCCGAGAUGCGGAGAAACUGCUCACAGAAAAAGGCAAAGCUGGUAGCUUCCUGGUACGGGAGAGCCAGAGUAAACCAGGUGACUUCGUCCUCUCCGUUCUCACCAAUGAGGAGAAACAUGAGAAUGUGGACCGCAAGACCAAGGUCACCCACGUUAUGAUACGCUACCAGCAGGACGGUAAAUACGAUGUGGGAGGCGGUGAGAGGUUCGACACCCUGGCUGACCUGGUGGAUCACUACAAGAAGAACCCCAUGGUGGAGAAGAGUGGAAUUGUAGUGCACCUCAAACAGCCCUUUAACGCCACAAGGAUAAAUGCAGCCAACAUUGAGAACCGGGUACGAGAGCUCAACAAAGUAGCAGACAACUCAGAGAAACCCAAACAAGGAUUCUGGGAAGAAUUUGAGGUACUUCAGCAGCAGGAGUGCAAACUGCUGUAUCCCCGGAAAGAAGGCCAGAAGCCAGAAAACAAGAGUAAAAACAGAUACAAGAAUAUCCUCCCCUUUGACACAACUCGUGUUGAACUCAGGGAAGCAGAUCCAGAUGUUCCUGGUUCAGACUACAUCAAUGCCAACUACAUCAGAAGUGUGAAUGAAGAGGGGCGCCAUGGGGACGAGGGCAAAGUCUUCAUCGCCACCCAAGGGUGCCUACAAAAUACAGUUGUUGACUUUUGGAAGAUGGCUUAUCAGGAGAAUACACAUGUCAUCGUCAUGACCACGAAGGAGAUGGAGCGAGGACGGAAUAAAUGUGUUCGUUACUGGCCUGACCUCCACGCCACUAAGGAGUUUGGGAAGGUGCUGGUAAGGAACGUGGAUGAGCGGCCAGCACAAGACUAUAUCCUGAGGAAGCUGGAGGUGACCCGUCUAGACCGGAAGGAGCCUCUGAGGUACAUCUGGCACUACCAGUACCUGAGCUGGCCGGACCAUGGGGUGCCCAAUGAGCCCGGCGGUGUCCUCUGGUUCCUAGAGGAGGUCAACCGCACCCAGAGUACCAUUCCAGACACUGGACCCAUCAUCGUUCACUGCAGUGCAGGCAUCGGCAGGACGGGCACCAUUAUCGUCGUCGACAUCCUCAUUGACAUUAUUAACCGCCAAGGUCUAGAUUGUGACAUCGACAUCCCUAAGACCAUCCAGAGAGUACGGCAGCAGAGGUCAGGCAUGGUGCAGACAGAGGCCCAGUACAAGUUCAUCUACAUGGCUGUGCAGCAGUACAUAGACACAGCUCAGAAGAGACUGGAGGAGGAGCAGAGGAAUAAGAUGAAGGAGAGGGAAUAUUCCAAUAUCAAAUAUCCCCAGAUGACCAACUCAAGGUCCAAAGCCAGCAUGGCAUCCUCUCGCUCUUCUUCUGUGAUGACAAAUGACGAUUCAUCAAGUGUGUACGAGAACAUAAACUUUAAAAGCCCUCAGACAUCUUUUAGCAGUAACACCAGGAGGUAAAAUCAUCGCUGUUGACCUCCACAUCUCUCUGUCUGCCUCUCAUUUCAGCGGAGGUGUCGCUUCAUCAGCGCCUGAAUAUCCCUUGGGGGAGGAGGGAGUGCGUUGCUCUGACUACACCCCACAGCAGUGGACCCUGCCUGGGCUAAAGGUGGCGAGCUGACCCCCCUUUCCUGCUGCUGUCCUGCUGGACCUCUCUGUCUGGAGUCAAACCUUACCCUCCAUAGAGAGGAUGACUCUACAGCAUAGUGCUCUCGCUCAGGACCUUUGUCACUCCCCUCUCUCCCCUUCUACUGCUCCACCCCCUCCCUCUCUUAACCAAUGCAAGUGCCUUGUCACAGAAUGUGUCUGUAAUCUAGCCUCCCCGAAACUGCUGUUACAUCUCCACUGUUACUACUUUCCAAAUCCUGGAAGUUGACGUAGGAAACCACCAGUUUGUCCUUGUGAUGAUGCUUAGUAAACAUGGAGUCUACCCCGGCCUGAACUGAACAGAACUGUACGGGACCCAAGAAGAGGUCAAAGCUAAGCUGUUUGUCCUGCUUGUUGCCAGAAAUCACUCUGUUCGCUAGCCCUCUUCCUCUGUCUUUGCUGGCUUCCAUUUGAACUAGAAACUUUUGACAGCAUUCUGUCCCUCCAGCUGUGGUUAUUAAUGGUUAUUAACAUGGCCGCUGAGUGAUAGCAAGGACAGUUAUGUAACCUGAUACAGGUCCCCGAGGCACAGGGAAGGCAAGCGGGCCCCCUUCUUCAAAAAAAUGAACAGAAUAAUUUGUAGGUGUAAAAUUGGACUCUUGAUUUUUUUUUUUUGACUGAUUGUCAAAGUGUUAAAGAGUUUCCUGCAAAUGCCAAUCAGCUGCUCUGUACUUUUACAGACCUGCAAGUCAUUUUUACUUACUUCUUGGGGUCACUGGGAUAUACAGUCCACAUCAGUCCUGUCUGUCAUUUGAACAUGGCCUCCAGCUGGUCCCACUCUGAGCACAAACUCGUUCUUGUUUUCAUUACUUUGUGGUGUUUUUGUUGAUACUGUGGGUAUCAUGGUUGUGUAGCAUAUGAGAUGUAGAUUUUUUUGAAUAUAUAUAUCUAUAUAUUUAUAAAGGAGCAUUAUGGUGGAAAAGAUCAUGUUGAAGCACAGUUGUCUAAGCAGCAUCCCCAGCACUAAGUUUGAUUUACAGAUAGAUUGUAAUAGUAGUUUGAAGUCCACAUUUGACGGGAAACAGGUGGAGAGGAUUCCUGAAUGGGUGUUCUGAGUUGAGCUUGGCUGGCCGCUGCCUCUCAGCUUCGUUCGACUGGCUGUCCUCGUUAAUCAGCAGGUCUGAUGCAGUUCAACAUCUGUCGGCGGAGAUCGUCACAAGGAGACGAGGGAAAGGGGGCGAUUACAGUGGGCCAGAUGGCCAUCUGCCUGAGAUUGAAGAAUAGAUUUGUCUCCAAAAAGUAAUUUAGAAGAUGGCCAUAAUCCAGGCUUGAUGAUAGUGGGGCGAGUAAGCUGACGUCAUUGAUGUGAUAACGAAGACAGUGGUGGCGCGGAGCACUGAGCCCUCUGCACUGUCUGGCAGAUUGUUUGCUAUUUUUAGCCUCUAGUAUCAGCACCAAAAUAUCCUGCUCACAUAAAAUUGCUGGUACGUUGGUGAAAUCUGACCGAGCUUGCUGAAAUUUGUAAUAACUUAAUGAUCCUGAAGUCCUUUAAAAACUGUCUUUUGCAGUAGACAGAUGUCCUGAUAAUGUGUUUUAAUGUGUGUGUGUGUGUGUGUGUGUGUGUGUUUUUUUUUAAAGCAUCAAAAUAAAUGAUGAAUGAUCUGCUCUUGUUGGUGGCGUCUGUGCUCAGACCAUUCCUCUUUCUCCACCAGCAGAAGUGCUCGACUAACCAAGUCAAGGACACUCACAGGCUGGACUCGCCUUGUUUUCUUCAGUCGUAAAUUGGCCAGUUUCUGCUGCUGCAGCUCGUGAUUCUUAAGAAACGUGAUUUAAGAUACAGCUAAUUGUAAUCAGAAUGUACUGGAGUAAUAGCACUCAGUCACUGCACUGUAAUAAACUGUAAUUUAAUACUGUUGACCUUGUGAAGGAUAUUAAAAUAUAGUGAAAGUGUGACCUGCAGCAGCCAUAUCGUCCUGUGUGAAAACCGAGUUCUGUCUUUUUAAAGAGCACUGAGUCCUUUUAUGAAGGUCUCAGUUGAAGCUUUGUCUGUCUAGUGAUUUCAGUCAGGAGAGUUUUCCUGGUAUGAAGUGUUGCCAAUGUAUUUUAAUGGUUGAUUCCUUGUGAGAAUAAAAAGCUACAUUUUUCUGAAAUGUGUGGCAUUGAUGCCGUGUGUCAGUGAUGGCUGAUGUCUGUCUAAAAAUAUGCUGCACCACUUGAUGUACUUCAGUUGCAUUUGAACAAUGCAGACAUGUGGAUUCUUCUGGUUCUUCCUUUUGUCCUUUUCCCAUCUGAACUGUGAUCUGUGUCUGACGAAUGACAAAAUGACUUUUGUGGUUUUGUUUCUGUGUUCCUGAACUAUCUUGCGCUGUGGAUGAUUCAGAUUUUUAUUGUAUUUCACUUUGCCUCUAUGGGUCAAUUUUCUUUUCUUUUUUUAUGAAAUGGUGAAACAUCAAUACUUGAAAGUGUGAAACUGCUGAAUCUUUGGCCUCAGGCUGUGUGUGGAUGUCCGUUGGCUGUGGAAGUAUUUUUGGUAGUGCACUAGACUUUUUGGUGUUUUGUUUUUUUUUCUUGUUGUUUCAUUUCAAAUUGUAUUUCUAAUUGAUUGUUUUAUCCAAUAUUGCAUUUUGUAUUGUGUCAGAAUUAACAUUAUUAUUAUUAUUAUUAUUAUUAUCAUUAUUGGUGUAAUUUCACCAUGCAUAAGUAAAUUCUGGCUCCGAGUUGAACCAGCAUACAUGGAGGUAUGCAGUAGUAAUAUGGUAUUUUCUUUCUGCUCGUCCUCUUACAUUUACUUGAACAUGAUGUCUUUUUGUUUUGAUUCCUUUUUCCUCUGUUGGUUGCAGUAUGCCUGAAGUGAGUAUACUGAGUGCUCCCAUGUUGUUCAGUGGAGGCUCUUCUCCUUUUUCCUCUUCUUGC